GCAAAUCUCGAAUUACGUUGAAAAAAUUUGAUAAUCAAGAAAAUUCUCAUGUUAAGUCCAAAAAAAAAUUUAAAAAUAAAGAAAAAAUUAAAUAAAUUGAUUUUAAGUUUGUUAAAUGUCGUUAGUGGGUAAAUAUAGUCUCUACAGCCCUCCGAAAAAAUCAAGAGACAGCAAAAGUGCAAAAAUGGUGGAGUUACGUCUGAUUACAUCAUUGUUGGACACAACGCAAUACCAAAACAAAAGAGAAAUUCGAGGAUUAUUGUUAUUAAAAAAUGUUGAGUGUCGUGUGCUCCUGUGUCUCGGAGACUCCCCUGAGGUGUCUGAUGUGUCUUGGGAGAUUCAGGAGUAGGAGAGAACCCCUAGAGAAGCUGGGGGUGAGGUACAAACACCGGGCGGCACUCAAAAAGUCUUAUCAGACCCUUGGGCUGGCUGAGGACUGCCAGGAUGAGGAUCUGCGACUGGCGUUUGUGCACCUAGCCAAGCAGUACCAUCCGGACAGUGGGUGCUCCAGUGCUGAUGCUAAUAAAUUUUCAGAAGUUGAGGGUGCGUACAGGAUGAUCCAGCGUCAGAGGAAUAUGCUGAAGGAGAGGGCCGAGCAGCUGCCCGACGUUGAGGAGUUUGAUAUCCAGCACACAGCUCCCCAACAUCGUCAUUUUCUUACCUACGACACAGGCAGGGGUACCCUGAGCCAACGACAACGAAGAUUCACCGUGGAACGGGCCCAGAAAGCAGUGGAGAACGUCAUGGAGCACAGACUCAAAAAAAUUCAGGCUGCAGAGAGAAAUACUCUAGUUGGAAAAGACAAGACCAGAGCCAAGGACAUCAAAACUAGGUUUGGAAUUGACCGAUUAGUGGAGGAUUACAUUCAGGAGGCGAUGAACAAAGGGGAGUUCAGUCAACUCUCUGGCAUGGGGAAGCCAUUGAAGGACAGAUCAAGCUCUCAAAACCCUCACGUCGACUUUGUCACUCAUAAAUUAAACGAAAUUUUGAUUGACAAUGGAUUCACUCCUGAGUGGAUUCAGCUCUCCAAGGAGAUUCGAGAAGAGUCCAAGGACCUCCAAGAGUACCUGAACAACACCAGAGAAACUCUGGGACCCUUUCCAUUCACUUCAGAGGACCUGAACAUCUGGGAUGCAGCCCUGAAGUCAGCGGAAACCACAGCGAAACGAAUAAACGAUAAAAUUAAUAAAUAUAAUCUUCUCGUUCCUAUUCUCCAGAAGCAAAUGGUCCAGAUUAAUUUGAAAAAUUUCGAGAAAAAGGCGAUGGAGAGGCCUCCAAACUCUAGAGUUAAAGAGGCUCCUCUAGGGGAAAGCCCAAGACAGGAAGAACCUGUUUCUAUACUUGAUUUUUUGAUGGGUAGUUUCGAGAGUAGGAAAAAUUAAUAAAAAAAUAUUUUUCGUCUAGAAAAAAGAGAAUAGACGAAAUUAUUUUUUUACGGCUGAGAAAAAUUAUAAAAAAUUUAAUAUUGUUAAUAAACUUGUAAAUAGAUGAAUAUUAAUUAAAAUUGAACGUGAAGAACGCAAUAA